GGAGAGCAAGUGCCACCAGCGUGCUGUGAGAAAGCUGAAGUCAGACUUGCCUUGUGGCACCUGCACUUUCAUCCUGGGACUAAAAGAAUGCUUUACAAAAAUGCCCUUCCUCCCUCAAAAUCGCUCACUUUUUGCGAAUUGCGGUAGUAAAUUCAUCCAUAACCUGUUCACCUUUUAAGUGCCGUGCGUUGGUGGCUGCUGUGCGUGCCAGUGCUGCAGCUUUCGCGUGGGUUUUGGAAGCAGGGGUGUGUGGCACUGAGGUUAUUGGGGGAGGUCACUGACAAGUGGAUGUCUUGACUUGGCUUCAGUAACCUCAUGGAUUUAGAACGCUUUAAUGUCUCUGCAUAGCUUUUAGUCAUUUGGCGUAAAAGACAAAGGUAACUGAAGAAAGGAAAGCUGAUGAUGUGGCUGGAUGGGUCAGAACUCCCUGUAAGUGCACUGACGGAGUAGAUAGAGCUUGUUGUGAUAAGUGUACCGAUGGCCGAAGAUCAAUAGGUCAGGCACACCAGGAGCAACACUUGGUCUAUGCCAGCACAGAAUGAACUUGUUCCUUCACACGAAUGAGUGGUGUUUCAGGUUUACAGGCAAAUACUGAGAUCAGUCGGUAUUUAAGGUGGUUGUUAAACAUGUAUAGUGAUUACAAAUGGUCACAAAUACUAUCUCAGUACUAGAAACAAGAAGAUUGUGUGUGGGAAGAUGCUAUUUUCAAAGAUCCUGAAAAUGCGUUUUUAUUAGGUGGAAGUGGGUUAAAAGAAAAUGGUGCAUUUUUGAGCUCUUCAGCAUGUUUUCCUUAGAAUAGUAGAGCACCGCAUUUAAAACUCUGUGGUUAUUCCCUAGAUGCUUGAAAGCGUGCUACUGAAAUCACCCUAGAGUCUCCCAGAUGGUGGUGUACUGCUUGCAUCUUAGUGGUAGGCAAACGCUUGCCAUUUAAGUGCACAUUCAUGUGGAAAGCUGCACACAGACCAGCAAGUAGCUGGUGUUGAAACUGAGUUAGUGAGUGUCUUAGCAUACAUGCUGGGCAGCUCACAGUAGAGAUUUUAAAACUACAGUAUUUCAAAAUCUGUCUGGCCUGCUGUGUGGGUUAAUCUGAGUCACUGGUACAGAAAGGAUUCCAAGUUUCUGAAAUACUGUAUACAGUACCAUUUGUUACAUCGUGUUUGAACUAGACUGAUGCUCUUCAGGGCAUAGACCUGUCUUUUUUUUUGCUUCUGAAAAACAGUACACUUUAGGGAGCUGAAGUUAGAAAGUGACCUUUUAAUUCCAGCCACGCCACAGCUUUGCUUUCUGAAUGUCUCUCUGCUUACCAGAAACUUAUGGUAGAGUAAGCAUUCUGUGCUUACAAAUCACUGUGUCAGACGUGCUGAAGCAAUCCAUUAUGCAUCACUAAUGGGACCAGCAUGUUAUAAUCUAUUGCAUUAGUAUCAAAUUCUGAGGUAAUCUGUUCAUGGAGGCUGAUGUGAUUUGUGGAAGAGUAUAACCAAUAAGUAAAUAAAGCACUAACAAAUUAACGGUUGAUAGUAAUAACAUAUGCGGUAUAUACAUAUAGUGCUUAUCUUCAGCAUGUGAUGCAUUAAACUGAACGAUAGGUGCUUCUGCCUUAAGGAGCUGUGCUCAUGGUUCCUGCUGUUUGGAGCAAACUGCACAGGCUCAGUCUGCUAGUGAUACACAAAGCAGAAGGCUUUGAAGUGGAGUUAUUCAUUGGUGCUGCCUGUCUGUCUAUGCCAUAGUGAUGUUGGAACUUUGAAACCCAUUGCUCAGUGAUCUCUUAGCACAGGAAUUAAGGGCUUCUUACUAUGAGACCUCGGAGUCUUCUCUGAAAUCUGUGACAAAUGCUAACGCGAAACACAAGUGGAAGCAAUCCCAUGUACUUCAAAGUGCAUUUUGCUUCCUUUUCCUCCUCUUGAAGAUUUUCAUUUUAAUUUACAUAACGGGAAAAGGAAUUAUCUUGCAUUCAGAUAAAUAGGCUUUGGCUGACAGACUGUUACUCCCCAAAUUUUACUGGACUUUACAGCUCUUACUUGAAAUUACUGUAAAAAUCAAAGUGAUGUUUCAAAUCUUUGGUCUGCGGAAUUACAAAACCAUCUGUGAUACCUGAAAGCUUUCUUUUUGCAAUCUAAAAGCUUCUUUAAGCAACAUCUCAAGCUCAAGAAUGCAGUACUUUUUAUUUAUUUAAUUAAUUUCUGAUUGUCUAUAAUAAUGAAGAACAGUGCUACUUACCCCUACAGGGGCAGGGGCAGAACUGAGAGGGGUACAGACAGACGUGUCAGUAGGCUAGUGAGCACCAGUAAUUAGCUGGUAGCUUGUUAGAUGUCAGUUCAUUGAUCUUCUGAGGUGGGAGCAGUGGGACCCAAAGUUUGAAACUGAAUUGCUGAGUACUUAAACCAAAUUAUCUGUCAAAACUGCAGGUGUGGUAUUAAAAUCCGAAGCCUGGCAUGGUGGCAGGCUGAAGUGAAUCACUGUAUCUAUCUUCAAAUGUUGCAGAAGUGGGAUCUGUGAUUGUGGUCUGAUCAAAGAACCUGAACAUCAGCAUCAGGAUACUCUUCAUUAAGAGAAGCCAGCUGAGUAGAAUUUCAGACGUAGCAAUGGCAUCUGUUGUAAUCAAUUCAGUUCCUACCACUGCAUCUCGUUUUGCCUUACUGCAACUGGAAAGUGAUACUGAUUCAGAGUCUGGAAAAGGCAGAAGUGGCCAAGGUGCUGGUAAAUCUCAAGCAUCAGGGGGUAGAUCUUCUACAAAUGAGAAAAAAAGAGAGAAAAGGAGAAGAAAGAAAGAACAGCAGCAGAGUGAGGCCAAUGAGCUCAGAAACCUUGCUUUUAAAAAGAUUCCUCAGAAAUCCUCCCAUGGAGGCUGUUUAUCUCAGCAUGAGCAAAAACUGCACCCUACAAUGCGGAAAGACUCUCAGGAAGAAAACUGGCAAGAGUGGAGGCAAAGAGAUGAACAGCUGACAUCUGAAAUGUUUGAAGCUGAUCUUGAAAAAGCAUUGCUGCUAAGUGAACUGGAAUAUGAAGAGCACAAAAAGGAAUAUGAAAACAUUGAGUGUACUCCUCAGUCAAAGUCUGUGAAUAAGAAAGAAAAAAGAAAGAACCAGCAAGGAAGAGACAAACCUCUCACUGUGUCCCUGAAAGAUUUUCGGUCAGACAGUAAUAUAGAUAACGUUGCUAAAAAACAUGAGGAACCGAUCUCUUCUCAGACUUUGACUAAUGAUGGAGGAUUUUUCCAUAAGCUGGAAGAUGAUGUUCACAAAAUACUUGAAAGAGAAAAAAGGAGAGACCAGCUCACUGAUUGCAAUGAAACAGAUAACUGCACAUCUCAUGAGCACAACCAGGAGAGUGGUAUGAAAGAUGGAAAAACAGAACAACUAAAACUCGAGCUUGAAAAGAAAGAUGCAGAAAUUCAGCAACUUAAAAAUAUAAUAACUCAGUGGGAGGCAAAAUACAAAGAAGUAAAAGCAAGAAAUGCGCAGCUUCUGAAGAUGCUGCAGGAAGGUGAAAUGAAAGAUAAAGCAGAAAUACUCCUACAGGUGGAUGAAUUGCAAAUUAUCAAAAAUGAAUUGACCUUACAGGUAGCUACGCUUCAUGCUGCAUUAGAGCAAGAAAGGUCCAAAGUGAAGCUACUGCAGGCAGAAUUAACAAAAUAUCAGAUGUUAAAGGCCUGUGUGCCUACUGGCAGAAUUUGGAAAAAAGAUGUGCUACCAAAGAGUGGGAAAAGAGGGAAAAAGCACUCAGAAUCUGACCAGUACAGGUGAUCUCCUUUGCUGCCAGAUUCAAUCAAAAAAAAAAAAAAAAAGUAAAUCUUUCUUCAGGGUUUUGCAGAAAUUUAUAUAUUUGUUGUACAACUGCUCAGCUAUGCAGUUUUUGAAGAGAAAUUAAAAAAUACUAGUUUAAUUGACAUUCUGAAAACUUGAUCUGUUGCACUUUCUGCUAAAGAAAAGUGAGAAGACGAGCUUUCCUAGAGUACUAAAACUUUAAUUGUAAUGCCAUUAGUUUUUCAUCAUUAAAUAAAACUUACUCUUGCA